CUCCUCCUCCGGGCCGCCCUCCGUCCUUCCGGCCGUCCAUGCGGGCCCCGGGCCCCCCGCCGCGGGGGGACCCCCGCCCCCGCGCCGCGCUGCUCCCGCUGCUGCUCAGCCUGCAAGGUCUGACCACGUCGCUGGAGGUGUCCGAGAGCCCCGGGAGCGUCCAGGUGGCCCGCGGUCAGACGGCCAUCCUGCCCUGCUCCUUCUCCACCAGCGCGGCCCUCCUCAACCUCAACGUCAUCUGGCUGGUCGUCCCCCUCGCCGACGCCAACCAGCCCGAGCAGGUGCUCCUCUACCAGGGCGGGAAGACCUUCGACGGAGCCCCCCAGUUCAACGGGAGGGUGGGGUUCGCGGGCACCAUGCCCACCACCAACGUCUCCAUCUUCAUCAACGACACCCGGCUGUCGGACACGGGCACCUACCAGUGCCUGGUCAACAACCUGCCUGACCGCGGGGGCAGAAACAUCGGCGUCACCGGACUCACCGUCCUAGUGCCCCCCUCCGCCCCCCUCUGCCGAAUCCAGGGGUCCCGGGACGUGGGCAGCGACGUCGUCCUGGCCUGCAGCUCGGAAGAAGGGGUCCCCCGGCCUACCUACCUCUGGGAGAAGCUGGACCCCGGACCCGGCCUGCCCGCCGUCGCCACGCAAGACCAAGCCCGGGGCACGGUGGCCCUGAGGAACAUCAGCGUGGGGACCUCGGGGCUUUACCAGUGCGUGGCUUCCAAUGCCAUCGGCUCCAGCACCUGCCUCCUGGACCUGCAGGUCCUUCCCCCUCGGCCGCGGAGCGCCGGGGUGACGGCCGCGGCCGUGGGCGGCGGGGCCGCCGUCCUCCUGCUGGGCCUCGCCCUCCUCGCCGUCGCCGGUCUCUACUGGAGGAGCAAGAACCGGGAGGAGCGGGACCACGAGGAGGAGGAGGAAGGGCCCAACGAGAUCAGAGAGGACGACCUCCCGCCCAAGUGCUUCGCGGCGGCGACCCAGCCCUCCCGCCCCGAGGCCUCGUCCUCGGACAACAACACCCUGACGUCGGACGCCACCUUCGACGGCCGCCACCGGAACGGGACGGACGUCCGCCGCGGGCCCCGGCCCGGCCCCCCCCGGCGUCGGCCCGCCUCGCCGCCCUCGGGCCCCCCGACCCUCCACGUCAACGGGGCCCGUCCGACGCCCAAGACGCUGGUGGUGACGGCCGGGCCCGGGCCGUCGCCGAGGGCCUCGACCCGGAGCGGGGGCGGCGGCCCCGGGCGGCCCGCGCGCCCCUACGCCGUCGGCCGGGCCGGGCCGGAGCGCGCCGGGGCCGUGCCCGUCGCGGUGCCCGCCCAGAGCCGGGCCGGCUCGCUGGUCUAG